UCCCCGACACAAAGCAGUUACGUAAGCUUGACACUGCAGAAUCGGAGCAGAGGGGAGGGGAAUCGGAAUGGGGCUCUCGCCGUCGCCGUCCUCACCGGAGGGGAGGUGGGACGACCUCCCCGACGAUAUAGCCAUCGCCGUCGCCUCCCGCCUCCAGGAGGCCGACGUGUGCGCCCUCGGCGGAUGCUCCCGGUCCUGGCGCCGCGCCUGCGACGCCAACUUCGUGUGGGAGGGCCUCUUGCGCCGCCGCUGGCCGGCCACCGCGGCCGCCAUGGCGGCCGGAGGGGCAGGGGCUUCCCGUGCGCAGGGAUGGAAAGCUCUCUACAUCAACAACCAUGGAAGAACUGCUGUGGCUAUCUCUAGAGUGGUUGAAUUUGUGGAGAGCAGCACACAUAACGGGUCGCUUGAAGCUGAAUGUUAUCUGAAAGCUAUGUCUGAUUUGGCACUGAUGGAGGAUAUAGGCUUCGUCAAUGUCCAGUUUUUCUUGCUUUCAAGAAAUCGCAGUGCGAUAAUAAAUCUUAUUGGAUUGCAUUACUCCAUUGCAUAUUUGCAUAUACUGGUUCAGCGUGUCACACUCUGCUGCACUGAGGUCAAGCUUCAUUCUGUCUUUUUCCUCAAACAAGGCCAAGUUUUGUUCUCGAAGCUUAUGUUAGCUUGAAGCACUUCAGGUGUUUAAUAGCAGACUAUGCACACCCCCAAUGAGGUGGAUAAAGCACUUCGAGCUUGCCAGGUAGCAGAAAGAAAGGUGUGUGUGAGCUUGCUCAAGCUUGGUCGAUGGUUCUAUGGUUUUAGGUUGCCCGAUGACUAUGAGUCGUACAAAAACUCACUGAGCUGGCUCACCAGCGAUGACGGGGCAAAAGUUUUAGUCAUUCUCAACCGUGGUGCUGUCCAUGAGGUAUUUCGUCUCCAGGUCAGUUUGGUGGGUACAAAUAACUGAACUUUAGUAUGCAAACAUCUGUACUUGGCUUUGCUGGACCUUUUGUAAAUAUAUGCCAAUCCUUUUGUAUCUUGAUGCCCUCGUGGCACUGCUUUGAUGUAAAUGGAAGUAUGGAACAAUAGAGAUGGGGAAAUACCAAACACUGUUGCUGUAUAGUCCAAUAUAAAUAAUAAACUCGCCAUGACGUGUGACUUUGGUGUAUACACACGUUGGUGACAAAUUGACAA